AUGCCUCCAAAAGAACUACAAAAGAAGUGGAAAGCCCCAAAGGGUCCCAAACCUGUUCAACGUAAAAACAAGAAUACUAUUGGGUUAGGUAGAGCCCUUAGAAAUGCUCGUCAACAAGAAAAUGCCAUUGAAUAUUUACCGGAUGGUGAGAUGAGAUACACUACCGAGAAGCAUGAAGCUGAUUGGGUUAAGUUGAGAUCCGUUACUCAAGAAUCUGCUUUAGAUGAGUUUUUAAGUACUGCAGAAUUAGCUGAUAAGGAUUUUGCUGCGGAUAGACAUGCUAAUGUCAAAAUCAUCCGUUUAGAUGCUGGUGUCGAUAGUGGUAGCCAACCUGUGACUUUGACUAACGCACAACGUGAAACUUUGGAUGCUAAACAAAGAGCUCAUGCUAAGGAACUAAUUGUGCCAAGAAGACCUAAAUGGAAUGAAAAUACUUCCAAAUAUGAAUUAGAUAGAUUAGAGAAAGAAUCUUUCUUAGAAUGGAGAAGAAAAUUAGCGACUUUACAAGAAUCUAAUGAUGACUUAUUGUUGACACCCUUUGAAAGAAAUAUUGAAGUUUGGAGACAGUUGUGGAGGGUUGUAGAGAGAUCUGAUUUAGUUGUACAAAUUGUUGAUGCUAGAGAUCCGUUGUUAUUCAGAUCUGUUGAUUUAGAACAUUAUGUCAAAGAAACUGACGAUAGAAAACAAAAUUUGUUGUUAGUCAAUAAAGCAGAUUUAUUAACUCGUAAACAGAGAAUAACAUGGGCAAAGUAUUUUAUUUCAAAAAACAUUUCUUUCACAUUUUACUCUGCAUUGAAAGCUAACCAACUAUUGGAUUUGGAAAACGAAUUAGGUGAAGAAGAAUUUUUGAAACAAUAUUCUGCUAAUGAUUUUUAUAAUGAAAUCAAAGAAGGAGAAGAAGAUAUGGAUGGCGAAGAAUUAGAUGAACUGUUACGAGAAAAAAUAAAGAUCCUAACAAUCGAUCAAUUAGAAGAUUUGUUUCUGGCCAAUGCUCCAAACGAACCUUUGAUCACUCCUUUACCAGGCAAAGAAUCCAUAAUUCAAAUUGGUUUAGUCGGUUAUCCAAAUGUUGGUAAAUCUUCUACUAUCAACUCUUUAGUUGGUGCAAAGAAAGUUUCUGUUUCUUCUACUCCAGGUAAGACCAAACAUUUCCAAACAAUCAAGCUAUCUGAUUCAGUUAUGCUGUGUGAUUGUCCUGGUUUAGUGUUCCCAAAUUUUGCUUACAAUAAAGGUGAAUUAGUAUGUAACGGUGUUCUACCAAUCGAUCAAUUGCGUGAUUACAUGAGUCCAAGUACUUUAGUAGCUGAAAGAAUUCCAAAGUACUAUUUGGAGGCAGUGUAUGGUAUCCAUAUUCAAACUAAAUCUGUGGAAGAGGGUGGUACAGGCAGCAACCACCCAACUGGCCAAGAACUGUUAGUAGCUUAUGCAAGAGCCCGUGGUUAUAUGACCCAAGGUUUUGGUUCCGCCGAUCAACCUCGUGCUUCACGUUAUAUCUUGAAGGAUUACAUCAACGGUAAGUUACUAUACGUGAACCCACCUCCUCAUAUAGAAGACGAUACACCAUUCACACAAGAAGAAUGUGAAGAGUUCAACAGAGAGUUAUACACGUUCGAGAAAUUACCAGAAACCAGGAGAGACCAAUUACGUGAAGCAGCUUUAAAUAAAGGUAUUGAAACACUGGAUCUUGCACGUGAUUUAGGUAAGUUAACAUUCUCAGCCCAUACUGGUGCAACUGAAGGUAAAGAAGCUAAGUCAGUGACUCACGGUGGUAAGCAAGCUGCAUUAUUCAACGCUGCAUCAGAUCUAGACAGAGAGUUCUUCGAAAUGAAUAAUAUCAAGGGUAACUUUGUAACACCAUUCCAUAAAGCUAGUAACACAAAUAGUAAGAAGCAUGAUAAAAAAAAUAAGAAAGCCAAAAAGAAAGCUGCCAUGUACAGUGAUUUUUAA